AUGGACGCCAUCAAUGUCAAUGUGGCCGGCAUUGGUGCUGGGCUAUUUGCGGCUACCUAUACAGCAUACCACGUCUAUGUCGGCUUGACCGGCCCGCUGGCUAGUCUGCCGGGCCCAACAUGGAGCAAGUUCACCGGCUUGCCCGUCGUGUACCAUAUCUAUCGCGGCACAAGGAUGUACUUUUUGCACGACCUGCACAAGCGCUAUGGCCCAAUCGUGCGCGUCACACCGAACGAGGUCUCCAUCUCAGACCCCAAGGCUGCCAAAGAGAUUCACAAGUUCCGCAGCGAGUACCUCAAGACGCAAUUCUACGAGGACGCGUCGUUCGACGAGGCCCAGAACGUCUUCACGACCGCCGACCCAGUCUACCACGCCGAGUGGCGCAAGCUCUUCGCAAAGUCAGUCUCCCAGUCGAACCUGAUCACCUUCCAGCCCUUGAUCCAAAAGUACGUGGACAUCUUGAUUCGGCAGAUAGAGAGGGAGAGAAGGGAGCAGGGCUACGUCGAUCUUGUCAAGUGGUUCAAGAGCUUAACGUCUGAUGUGACGGGGGAGCUGAGUGUGGGCUCGUCCCUGGGGAUGCUGGAGACUGGCGAGCGUGUCAUGCCGCUCAACAUCCUCCGCCUCGCUCUAUGGCAGGGCGACUGGUCCAAGACCAGACACCUGCCCUGCUUCCCCUUCUCCACGCUGCGCGGGGUGUCCACGCGCCUCAACUCGGUCGCGAAGGCGUACAUUGAUGACUAUCGCGCACGGGUAGCCGCAGGCGGCGCGGGAUCGACCACCACCACGAUCCUGCUCGACAGGGCGCUGGAGACGCAGGCGCGCGAGAAGGGCAGCAUCUCGGAGCACGAGAUCCUGUCCAACACCGUGAUCCUGAUGCUCGCGGGAACCGACACGACUGCCAAUACGCUGGCGUAUAUGCUGUGGCUGCUGUUCAAGUUUCCCGAUAUCAAGGCUCAGCUGGACGAGGAGAUUGACGAGGCGAGGCUGCCUGGAAAGCCGGGCAUUGAAGACCUUGCGAAGCUGAAGUAUCUCGACUAUUUCAUGCUCGAGGUCAUGAGGUUGUAUGGCGCUGCGCCGGGGCGGCUGCCGCGAAAAGUGCCCAAAGGGGGCCGCGACAUAUGCGGCUACUUCGUCCCAGCAGGCAUGACUGUGUCAACCCUGGGCUUCAGCAUCUCACGCGACCCGGUCGUCUAUCCGGAACCGGACACGUUCAACCCGGACCGGUGGGCGGACGCCACAACGGCCAUGAAGGAGGCCGACUUCAGCUUCGGCGGGGGCACGAGGAUCUGUCUGGGCAUGCACAUUGCCAACCUCGAGAUGAAGAUGGUCGUGGUGGCGUUCCUGCGUUCGUCGCUGAGCGAUGCGCAGCUCGCGUAUGGCAUCAAUGGGUAUUCGGAGCAAGGGAUGAAGCAGCUCGAGGCGAUUGCUGCGAGGCCCUGGGGGCCCCAGGUGUUGGUUCGUUAG